GUGGCCAAUCUCCCUUAGUGGCUCAAGGCCAUCAUCUCCUUGGGAAGAAGUGGAUAACGGCCACUGCUCCGACGACGACGAAGAAGAAGAAUUCAAGAAUUCCAACAACGCCUUGGCGACUUCAGUAUGAAUGGCAGGUAGUCUUCUUCACGACGCUGCGUCUCGGGUUGAAAACCGCCAGGCCUGCGGCGACCACUUCUUCCCUGAGGCCGCCACAAUGACUGACUCUGAGAAAAUAGGUCGAGCAGCGAAUAAUUCCGGAGCUCUGAUCAAGCGGCACGCUUGGACCGCGUUCACCUUCGUCGCUGUCGUCCUUCUGGUCUGUCUCCUGGGCCUUUGUCUGCACCUAGGAAGAAGGCUUACCAAAGGCCGCUGGACCGAGCCGUGGUCACCUUGCCAGACGCCCGCUUGUCGUGUGUACGGGCAGAUGCUCAAUGAUACGGUCAAUCUGUCCCUAGACCCGUGUCGGGACUUCUACAAGCACGUCUGCGACGGUUGGAAUCGACGGCACGCUGACUCUGUUCGUGAUGCGCUGUUCGAUAAUGUGCUGCGUGAAAUGAUCAAGGUGAUUCAUAACGUAACAGUUCCCGAAGGAGGUCAGACCGCCGUCGAGAAGGCUGCCCGCUUCUUCCAGUCGUGUGAAGCAUCCGUGCUUGACGGGAAAGACGAAUUAGAACAACUGAAAACAUUUAUGCGUGAGCAACAGGUCUUGUGGCCCGGAGUCUCUCAGCCCGCUGAUCCCGUAUCUACCGUUUUCCGUCUCAGCUUGUUCAUGAGCACAGUUUUUGAUGUGGAAACUUUACUAACCGACGAUUCGGCCUUCGUUAUGAUCAAACCUUCCAGUCGCUUCAAGACAUUGUACCAAAGGAGGCAGCAAAUCUUAUCGACGGGCACAUACGAGGUCUUCUUCAACAUGCACGUGAGUGCUUUUGAGGAGAAGAACAGAGCUUUUAUGACAUUUCCGGUGCUCAUAAGAGUUGAAAAUAAAGUCACGGAGCGGCUUCACAAUGCAUUUCCUUCGAAGUCCGAAGACGGUCUGGUGAUGUCACCAAAGCAUCUGGCGAACCUCAGUUCGAUAUACUCGGAGAAAAAGUGGCAUGACGUGAUCCUCAAAGGGCUUCAUCUACCACGGGGAAAUGCCUCUCUUUAUCUCGUCGUUUCGAAUGUCGCCUACUUCACCGAGUUUUUAAAACUUGCGCAAGACAUCGGAGAAGGCGCCAUGGAGUUCUACGUGGGGUGGUGCUUCGCUCAGAUGUCUUCGCUCUACGUUAACCAGAGGUUCGCAACGGCUGCGUUCGGGGACGCAGCUCUGGCUAGGAAUCUACAAAGGAAAGAGUGCUUGCUACACGUCUCCUCUUUCAUGGGCUGGGCUGUCGUGGCACCCGCAAUGAGAGCUCAUUUCCCCGGUCGCCUCCAAGAACGGAUUGUCGAUUUAUUCCGCAACAUCAGCCAGCGUUUCCGUGAGGAUAUCGCACCAUUUUCUUGGCUGCGCAUACAUUAUCCGUCUGUCUUCAAAAACAUGGACCGCAGAGAAGAGUUCCUGAAGUACUUCGGGAACUUUCGUGACGCAAGCGAUAACGUAAUAACUAUGCAAGAUCUCGACGAGUACUACGACGAGUUCGGAGACAUGGAGACGUCUUUCGUCGCGAACUGGGUUAACGCGGCCCACGCCCUGCGCGAGUCGAAGAGGAAGAUCCGUGAGUUCUCCUUCUUACACGAGACGUUCAUGAACGCGGAAGGGUACAUUGUGGUCCGCACGUCCACGUUCGCGGUCCUGCCCCAGUCGAUUCUGCCACCGUUCUACAGUCUCGAUGCUCCAACAAGCAUCAAGUACGGUGGCCUCGGAUCGAUUCUAAGUUACGGGCUAUCCGGCGUAGCCGUUUCACUUUCCAGAGCUACGGGCAAGGUCAGCGACGCCGAGUACGCGAGCAUGGAAGCCUGCCUGCCAGAAUCACCCGUUGCGCAGAGGACUUUCAAUAUGUGGUUUGCGUUCAACGCUGUCUGGAAGGCGUUUCAGGACACCAGGUCGGCAAAGGACAUGAGACUGGCAGGAUUCAGGAACUAUUCCGAAAGUCAAGUAUUCUUCGCGUGGUGGUGCUAUGGUUUCUGCGGUAACAAUGUUCCUCACGCUGCCUCGCUCUGUAACGACGUGCUCGGAGCCACGGAGCAAUUUUCUGACGCUUUUGAAUGCGCUAAAGGAUCGCCAAUGAAUCCAGAAAAGAAGUGUUUGGUUAAUACUAUGGAGAAAUAAAUAUGUUCUGUAUCUGCA